AUAAACACGGCAGUAAGACGCCGUGCCGUACACGCCCGUUAUUGACUUUGUCACACAUAAUUUGUUUUUGCUGCCUGAAAGUUAGUACAAAUUAAGUGGUUCAUUGAUGCCCUCGAGCGGUUCAAUGUCGCGUUCUACACAUAUGUAUAUGCGUGUGUGUGAGUGUCCUAUGUCUAUGUCUACAUUAUGUUAAAUGCAUAAAUUGAUUUGCAUGUUUGUAUGCCUAUAUGUAUCUAUAUGAACAAUUAAACACUAUCGCGAGUUCUCAUAUAAACAUAUACAUAGAAAAAGAUCUAUGUAUACAUACAUACAUACAUAUGGUAUGUCUAAUAUGUGCAGACACAUCCUCGUGCAGAAGCGAACACCUAGACAAGAAGUAAAAAUGCUAAAAAUAAUGAAAUUCUAAUGAAGUUGCUGCCAGUUUGUUGUUGUCGUUCCGUUUACAGUACACAUGUGUGCAUAUAUAUAUAUGUAUAUAUGUAUGUGUGUUUGUGUGUGUGUGUGCGUUUAAGUUUGUGCGAUCACAAUUUCUAUAACUAUCCAUACGCCUUUGGCGUGAUAUAGAAUAUACAUAUGUAUAUGUAUGUGAAGAAAAAUCGUAAUUGAUCAAUUCAUUUUUGAAAAAUUCAACUAACGCUGCAGCGCCGACGGCAAUUGUGAACACAAUGUAUAAGGUGCUUUAAAAUAGUAGAAGACUGUGUGACCAAAUCCAAUUUCAAUCCAAAUCGACAUCGGCGGCACACUCCAAAAUGGAUGCGUACACAUUACCAACGUAUUUUCCCCUAGCAUAUACAGAAUUACAGUUUUUGGCGUCAAGGCGGGCGGCAGCUGCAGCUGCUGCGGCUUCCGCCUCGGUGCUGCCGAGUUCGCCUUCCAGUAACCAUAACCAGGUGCACACAACGGACGUAAGCAGCUCGGUUCCAGUGCCUGGAUCACCUAUGCCCACGGCGCAUGCGGACUCCACCUUGGCUUCCACUCUGGCGGCGGCGGCGGGCACAAACGGCACAUUGCACCAUCAUCAUCAGCAUCAGCAUCAGCAUCAUGUCCAUGGCCACAAUGUGGGUGUCGCUGGGCAAGGACAGCCACAGCAUGACUUUCAUCCGGCCUACAGAAUUCCCAGCUAUGUGGAACAGUUCUAUUCCUUGCAAAGAGCCAGCCCCACCGCCUCCUAUCACGAUCCGUAUGGCAACUGUCCGCCAACGUUUCACUUGGCCGGGUUGGGUCUGGGUUCUGGCGACUAUUUAAGUGCGAGGGGCAUGGGCUCGCUGAGCGAACUGCAUCAUGCAGCUGUGGCAGCAGCAGCAGCCGCCGCUGCGGCGGGAUCUCUGGCCAGCACCGAUUUCCAUUUCAGCCUGGACGGCAACGGACGACUGGGCAGUCCGCGUCCGGGCGGCGGCGGCGGCAGCAUGCGGGCCAGUGUUAGCCGAAAACGAGCGCUAUCCUCAUCGCCAUACUCCGACUCGUUCGAUAUCAAUUCGAUGAUUCGCUUCUCGCCCAACUCCUUGGCCACGAUCAUGAAUGGCUCCCGGGCGAGCAGCGCUGCGAGCGGUUCUUAUGGCCAUCUGUCUGCCAGUGCCAUCAGUCCAAUAGCUCAUGCCCACCACACGACAAUGGCGCCCCAUCUCCAGCAGCUGCAGGCUCAUCUGCUGCGCGCCAGCGCCGGACUUCUGCAUCCGAUGACGCCGCAACAGGCAGCGGCGGCGGCGGCAGCUGCCAGCUAUUCGAUGAGCCAUGCGGCUAGCGCUGCGGCCCUCAGCCUGACUGAGUGCUCUGUCAAAGCCAAUGCCAAUGCCAAGGAAUUGGCAUUGGGCAACGCUAGCCAGAACUCGACGCCAACAUCCACGUUACUUAGCACAGCUGCAGAUGAGUCCGUCAUCAAACCGAUCAGCUCGAAUAAGAACUACGACGAUGGAAGCAUCGAUCGAAAUCGAUCGAGUCUGGCCAAAAACAAGCCCAUCGAACAACCUUCGUCGACAUCGGAAAGCGUUGCUCAAGUGGAAGCAGACAGCGCCUCAGCAAAUCUCCUGGAGCGGAGACAACGGAACAAGGCCUUGGGUGCGGGCCAUCGCGGGCUUAGUCACCACGACGACGGGCAUGAUGGUCAUCCGUUCAACGAAUACGACUGCGCCACGGCGGAUACAACGGACAUUAAGGAUGAGCCGGGUGACUUUAUCGAGACCAAUUGCCAUUGGCGCAGCUGUAGCGUCGAGUUCAUGACCCAGGACGAGCUGGUGAAGCACAUCAACAACGAUCACAUCCAGAGCAACAAGAAGGCAUUCGUCUGUCGCUGGGAAGCCUGUUCGCGCGGUGAAAAGCCAUUCAAGGCGCAGUAUAUGCUUGUUGUACACAUGCGUCGCCAUACUGGAGAAAAGCCUCACAAAUGCACGUUUGAGGGAUGCUACAAGGCGUAUUCUCGUUUGGAAAACUUGAAAACCCAUCUGCGAUCGCACACAGGUGAAAAGCCAUACACCUGUGAGUAUCCCGGCUGCAGCAAAGCCUUUAGCAAUGCCAGCGAUCGUGCAAAGCACCAGAACCGAACCCACAGCAACGAGAAACCGUAUAUCUGUAAGGCGCCGGGCUGCACAAAGCGUUACACGGAUCCCAGUUCGCUGCGCAAGCACGUGAAGACCGUUCACGGCGCCGAGUUCUAUGCAAAUAAAAAGCAUAAGGGCUUGCCGCUGCACGAUGCCAAUUCGGGACUGGACAGGGAUAGAGACAGUGGCCAGCAGCAGCAGCAGCACCAGCAGCAUCAGCAGCAGCAGCAUCAUCAACUGCAAGAGCAGCACAUUGACUCGAGUCCGUGCAGCGACGAUCUGCAUGGAGGCAAACCAGGCAGUGUGUCCAGUCCAAGCAUCAAAUCGGAGUCGGACGCCAAUUCGCCGGGCCAACUGGCCGCAGCACACGGCGGAUCGGCUACCAAUUCCGAUUGCCUGAUGCACAUCUACAGGCAGGAUGAUCUAAGCAAUGCCACCACCGUGCCGACCCUCGACGAGUGUUGGCCCUAUGAUGACGAUGUCGAUGCCGCCGAUCUGCCCAUUGUGCUCCGUGCAAUGGUCAACAUUGGCAACGGGAGCGGAAAUGCCGCCGCAUGUGCUACCACCAUGGCACGUCAGCGCUUCCGCAGUCGCCUGCAGACCAAGGUGAUCAACUCGAGCAAUUCGAUGCUGUCCAACAUACCGGAAAGCAACCGAUCCAUUGGCAUCAUAGAGCUCAACCAGCGUAUUACCGAGCUGAAAAUGGAGCCGGGCACCACCGCCACAGCCGCCACUCCGCAGCCAAUAAAUACGGGUCGACUCCUGCCGGGCAACGUCUGUGGCGGACUCCAGCUAACCGAGCAGAAUCGAUCUACGGCGGCGGCUCAGCUCCAGCAGGGCGGCUACUCGCAGGCAGCGGUAGCUGCGAUGCGACGCGAUAGCCAGAACUCGAAUGCCAGCACAUAUUACUGCAGCAUGCAGAGCCGGCGCAGCAGUCAAUCCUCGCAGCUGUCAUCGAUAUCGACAAUGAGGCCCUGCCCCGUAUAUAAUACGGCAUCGGGCGCGCCCUCCUCCUUAUACGAUCCAAUAUCGCCGGGCUGCUCUCGUCGCUCCAGUCAAAUGUCGAAUGUGCUCAACGCGAAUGCUCCUCCAAUGUCCCAAACAUCGACUGGCAUCUGUGGCGGGUCCGGGUCCGGGUUGCGCAGCAACUGCAGCCUGCCUCCCCCGCCGUCGUCUCACCUGAUUGCCUCGCAUUUGCAACGUUUGCAAUCGGGCGAGGUGAGCGCCUACUAUCAGAAUCUGAAUCCGAAUCAAAAUCAAAAGGUUGCGCAAAGUGGCGGACGCUAUUCGAUUCCAAACGUGCUUCAAUCGCCGCUCAAUUCGCAUUUUGCCAAUGCCUACGAAGAAAAUCCGAAUUCGCAGCAUAGACGUCAAUCGGAGCCGAUAAUGGCACAGCAGAGCAUGGAUCGAAGGAUCAAUCCAACGGCAUUCCAGAACAUGCGCAGCUCCGUCAAUCCCAAUAACAGAAAUCGAACGUGUCCAUCGACGGCUUCCACUUCCACUUCCACUUGCGUGCAAACCAAGGAUUGCCCAACUAUGGAUAAUUCGCGGGAACAUCAUCCCAAUGAGAAGGUCAAUUUGGAUGAGGUCGAGGAGCUUAUACUACCCGAUGAGAUGCUUCAGUAUCUGAAUUUGGUUAAGGAAACCGAGAAGCCAAAAUCAGAGGAAGCUGGAACACCAGCUCCGCCAGCUAACAAUAUACAGGAUGGCGGCGAUCGAGGAUCACUUACAGUUAAUUCGGGAUAUCAGCCUUUGGUAUCGCCAGCACCCACCCACACUCCCAACAACUGUCCAUCUCCACUUGUGCAGCUGAUGUCCCCCCAAUCCGGACAUACAAUGUCGGCGUUGGGUAGUCCAUACUCUCAGCGCAACUAUGAAGCAGAAGGCGCUACCCAUUUCUAUCGUCAACAGCAGACAGUAUACUGUAGUACACCAAGAUCUAAUAAUGAUCCGUUUGUCGGGUCGGGUCAGGCGCCGGCGCCGGCACCGGCACCGAUCCCCGCCCCAACGACCAUGGCCAUAGCCAUGACCCAGGCUCAGGCUCAGGCCCAGCAUCCGGCACAGGCUCCGACUCAACCCAGUUAUGAGCCACAACAGAUUAUUGACUCCUCGAUGACUAGUCUGCCGGAACUGACGCCUCCCAAUACCUUGGGAGCUGUUCACGGCGUUAACAAUGGCAACGAGAUACAAUGCGGGGUCGUUAGCCAGUCCCAGUUGUCGCCGACUGCAAAUAUGGAUGUCAAUUGCCCGGCACAGAGUCAGAAUCCCUGUUUGCCGAAGCCCAUGGAGGGGCAGUUAGUUGCUCAGCCCUUGAGAGCGGAGCCUAAAGUCUUGUCAGAGCAUCAGAGCAAUAUGACAUCAAUGCAUUCGGAAACCUAUCAGCGUACCCUGGAAUAUGUGCAAAGCUGCCAGAACUGGAUGGAGACAAACAGUUCGUUGAUGGGCAAUGCUCAGGUGGCCAGUACCCAGCCCAAUCCAAUUUGGGCCGAUGUCAGCAGCUCGACACAUCCGCAUCCCAGCACAAAUAUGAUUAUCAACGAUAUGACAACAUCCUUAAGCUCUCUUCUCGAAGAGAAUCGAUACCUGCAGAUGAUGCAGUAGCGCAUAUGCUAAUUAAUGGUUAUAACUACAUUUUAAAAGACCUACGCUCACUAGUUUUUAUAAAUCAUUCAAAGAUUCAUAUUCAGAGUUGCCAAUUCAGUUGAAAUAGACCAAUAAGAUCGUUAGACAGACAGUUGAAAUUCUAAACUCAUUUGGCAACCCUUUUUACGCCAACAUAUAUUUUUUUAACAUUGGAUUUAGCUACUUAUUUGAAGCGACAGUUGGCCACACUGAUCAUAUUCAGACACGACUGCACAAAAGGGCAAGGACAUUGAUUUUAUUCAUUUCAAAACCAAAUCUACGACAUACUUCUAAUUAUCAUUCAUAAAAACACAAGCAACACUCAUGUACUUACACACAUAGCUUCAGGGUACUGAUAUUUUCGAGUAUUGACGAGGUUUAUUAAGAAUUAUUUAUUUUGUAUUUUCGUAUACUUAUGCUCGAUCGACUGCGAAGAAACAUACAUACAUACAUACAUAUUUAUGUAUACGCAUAUAUGCUUAUAAGGAAACGUUUGUAAUUGUAUUUGUAUUUAAGCCAUUCAAGAAGAUGCAUUUCUUAUUUAAGCUAGCUAUAAUCAAAAACUACCAAUACGUGUCUUCCCAAUUUUAAAUGAAAAUUUUUGAACGUCGAUAUAAAAAUAAAGAUAUAAUAAAUA